AAGUAACAUUUUGAAACCCAAAAUAAGACCAGGAAGUACGGAUUAGGUCACAGAUUAAACUGAAAAAGCAGACUUUAUGAAAUGCCAUUUUUGUGGACGUCUUAUUUGAACAGGGUCAGCAGUCAGCCAGUCAAACCGAUAAGAUUGGAGUCAUGCCUGGUCUAUGAAGAGCUUAGGGCUUCAGGCUGUUUAUAACUGAAGUCAGAUCCUGAUGUAAGCAGCUGGAGGUAUCAGAGCAACAACAUGGAGAGCCGUCAGUGUUGGCUGCUGCUGAGCGUGAUCACUUUGGUGCUUUCUUCUGGAGAAGGAAUCAACCUUGUCCGCUUCCUACAAAAUAUUUCCCUGAAGGAGYUGAGGCGUCCAGUGGAUAUCAGAGUCAGACCUAAGGAGACACCAGUUCCAGAACUGACUCCUGGACCAGUGGUGCUCACCAAAAACGGCCCGAUCAAAGGUAUCACCGUGGAUGAGGCUCAUGUGUUUUACGGGGUAGCGUACGCUGAGCCCCCCAUUGGGGCGUACCGCUGGAAACCCCCGAGACCUGUGAGGCCUUGGACGGGGGUUUACGAUGCCUCUUUCCCUCGAGCGGCAUGCAUGCAGGCCUGCCAYGGACUGAAUCCUGAAGAGUGUCCCAAAAUGGUCAGUGAGGACUGUCUUUACCUCAACAUUUACGUUCCUCUARGUGUGAACCUCACUUCCCCUCAGCAGCACCUCCUGCCCAUCAUGGUGUGGAUCCAUGGGGGAGAUUUUAUAGCCGGUACUGCCUCUAAGCCCAUGUAUGAUGAACGCUUCAUCAGUAACUUUACCAACACUGUUGUGGUGAACCUGGAGUACCGACUGGGCGCAUUUGGAUUCCUUGUGUCGGGCGAAGAUCCUCACUCCUCAGCUACAGGAAACUAUGGGAUUUUGGACCAGCAGGCGGCUCUUCUUUGGAUCCAGCAGAACAUGGCUGUCUUCGGAGGUGACCCCAGAAAGGUAACAAUAUUUGGGGAGAGUGCAGGUGCUCAGUCAGUAGGUCUUCACCUGAUGAUCCAGAGCAGUGAGCYGCUCUUUAAACAAGCUGUCCUGCAGAGCCUGCCCUUUUCCAUCCCAUUGAAGACCAGACACGAUGCACUGAAGUUGGGGAAAGACUUUGCCGAGCAGACCAACUGCUCUGUGAGCGACUUCAUCUGCCUGCUGUCUCUCAGUUCCCAGGCCAUCCUGGCUGCACAGACAAAAACAAGUUCAAAACUUGUGAACCCGUUCAGGUUCCUGGAGGUUUUUGAGAUGUGGGGUCCAAAUAUUGAUGGGGAGUUGAUUAAAGAGCAGGCUGUCUCUGCCUUUCAGAAGGGCCACUGGCAGAAAGAGAAGACGGUGCUGCUGGGAACCACAUCGGAGGAAGGGGCGCUCUUUGUGUACAGGGUCUUUACCAAGCCCGUGUCUGUUGUGGAGUGCACUCUGUACAUCGCAGCCAUCUUUAAACAGCACGCUCUUCGGAUCCUACACAAAUACUUGCCCCUGUACAUGGAAACUGACCGCAGAAACAUGCUAACCCAGAUUGUUACAGAUUAUAUCUUCCUGUGUCCCUCCAGAAUGUCAGCACGUACCAGCACAGCACUGGGAAGUCAUGCUUGGAUGUACGUUUUCGACCAUGUGGCCUCAGACCAUCGUGUCUGGUCAGGUCUCAAGUUCUGCUACGAGCAUGUCUGCCACGGUGCUGAGCUGCCCUUUCUUUUCGGCUCCUCACUGGUUGCCAACUACACCCUGUCCUUGUCAGAGAAGCUGUUAUCUAAUCGRAUGCUGUGCUACUGGGGGGCCUUCGCCCACACUGGUGACCCUUCUUCCAGGGCUCAACAAACCACUUUCUGCCRGGAGCAGCGUCUUCCCAUUUGGCCACGCUAUUCUGACACCAAUGACUGGCGUGUUAUGAACCUAACAGUGCGGUCACACGCACAAGUGGGAACCAGGGACGAUUUAUGUGACUUCUGGGAUGAGCUGGGCAUCUACUAACGAUGGCAUCAAUACAAGAUGUCUGAUUUUUGAGUGAAAUGUGUUUUAUCAAAAUAUUUUACAUACAUUGUUAACAUAAAUAAUAUGAUUUUUUUUGGAAAAA